AGCGUCAGUUGGUCGACGGAACUUUGACGGAUAACAAGUGUGCUGCGCUCUCAUAUUACUUCUGAUAAACAUUUAUCAAUCAAACGGAGGGAUUUUUUUUCGUUCGUUCGUUUCUAAUUUGAUGUAAAUAGUAAAACAUUCAGAUUUUUUUUUCGUUUGAAUUGUGUUUGUGUAUGUGUGUUGUGUCUCACAGUAAAAAAUUUUUAAAACGCGUAAAAUUCGCAUCGUGUGAAUAAUCCAGAAGAAGAAAAAAUGGCAAAGGAGGUAAUCACCAAAGUGCGACCAGCAUCCGAAUUUAGCACAACAAAACGUGAUGAUGCAGUUAAACUGCGAGUUGGCACCGAAGGCGUUGCAGCCCAAGAACCGCUCACAUUACCAUAUGUUUUGUAUCGAACGGCCAAAAAUUAUCCCGAUGUGGCCGCAUUGAAACAUAAAAAUGCUGAGGGUACUUGGGAUACGGUUACAUACAGUCAAUAUCGUGAAAAUGUCUUAAAAACCGCCAAAGUAUUCAUCAAAUUAGGCUUAGAACCAAAAAACACAGUCGCUAUUUUGGCAUUUAAUUCACCCGAAUGGUUUUAUUCCGAAUUGGGUGCGAUUCAUGCUGGUGGAUUUGCGGCUGGUGUGUAUACGACAAAUUCGGCAGAAGCUGUUUAUCACGUACUUCAUAGCUCAAAUGCAAACAUUGUCGUCGUUGAUGACACCAAACAAAUGGACAAAAUUAAAGAAAUUAAACAUCGUCUGCCAAAUCUGAAAGCAGCCGUUCAAUUGUAUGGACCAUACGAACCAUAUGUUAAACGAGAAGAUGGGUAUUAUCGGUGGUCAGAGAUUCAAGAAAUGGAUUUGACUGGCGCCGAAGAAGAAUUGGAAAAACGUAUGGAAAAUAUUCAUUCGAACGAUUGCUGUGUUUUGGUGUAUACGUCCGGAACCGUUGGAAAUCCAAAAGGUGUGAUGUUAAGUCAUGACAAUGUAACAUGGAGUGCAAAUGCAGUGGCCAAUUGUUUAACAAAUAUGGUUGUUGGUGGCGAAAAUUUGAUAUCAUAUUUACCGCUCAGUCAUAUUGCCGCUCAAAUGAUUGAUAUUUUCAUUGCGAUAAAUUAUGUGGCCACCGUUUACUUUGCCGACAAAGACGCUCUGAAAGGUUCUCUAGUGAAAACUCUUCAAGAAGCAAAUCCAACGCGUUUUGUUGGUGUGCCGCGUGUUUAUGAAAAAAUCUAUGAAAAAAUGACGGCCAUUGGAUCACAAAUAACUGGCAUCAAAAAAUUGAUAAGCACAUGGGCAAAAAGUGUAACACUACAACAUUGGCAAGAAGCAAUUGAUGGAAAAGAUGCACAAUCACUUCAAUAUAAAAUUGCAAAGAAUUUCAUUUUGUCAAAAGUAAAGAGUGCACUCGGUUUGAAUCAGUGUAAAUUAUUGAUUACAGCCGCCGCACCAAUGUCACCAGAGAUCAAACAAUAUUUUAUGAGCUUAGAUUUACCAAUGUUUGAAGCAUUUGGCAUGUCAGAAUCGGGCGGUGCACAUUGUGUUUCGACAGCGGACAAUUUCAAUUUGACAACCGUUGGCAAACCAUUGCCCGGCGUCGAAACAUUGAUCGUAAACAAAGACGAAAAUGGCCAUGGUGAGGUAUGCAUGCGGGGACGACAUGUUUUUAUGGGAUACAUUAAUGAAGUUGACAAAACAACUGAAGCUAUUGAUGACGAAGGGUGGUUACAUUCAGGCGAUUUGGGUUAUAUCGAUCAAAAUGGUCUGGUGUAUAUCACCGGACGGAUUAAGGAAUUGAUCAUCACGGCCGGCGGUGAGAACAUACCACCAAUUCAUGUUGAACAAUUGGUUAAAAAAGAAUUGCCAGCACUCAGUAAUGCAUUCCUCGUCGGUGACAAACGCAAAUUUCUUACAAUGCUUGUAACUCUUAAGACUGAAAUCGAUCUAGAAACUGGUGCUCCAAAGGAUGAACUGGCGCCAGACACACUCACCUGGUUCAAAACGUUAGGUGUUGAUUAUAAAUUAUUGAGUGAAGUUCUAGAAGCUGGACCAUGUCCAAAGGUUUACGCUGCGAUAAAUGACGGCAUUAGUCGUGCCAACAAACAUGCAACAUCAAAUGCACAAAAGAUCCAGAAGUUUACAAUUUUGCCAUCUGACUUCUCCAUACCAACCGGUGAAUUGGGUCCAACACUUAAGGUUAAGCGUAAUGUCGUAACGAAAAAAUAUGAAGAUAUCAUUGAUAAGUUCUAUAAAACAACAACUACGAUGACAACCCAAGUGAAUAUGGAGGAAGCGAGCAAAUUGCUUGACUUCAGUCAAAAAUUGGAUAUCGGUUUGCUCGAUAAUAUAGUUGGUUCGGUGUAUGUAAGCCAAGGUGAACAGUUGCGAUUGGCACAAGAUGUGCUGACCACACUCAAAGAGCAUCCGGAUGCGUGGACGCGUGUAGAUAGUAUUUUAGAAUAUUCAUCAAAUCAACAAACCAAAUACUAUGCCCUGCAAAUUCUUGAAGAAGUGAUAAAAACGCGCUGGAAGAUAUUGCCGCGUAAUCAAUGCGAAGGCAUUAAAAAAUAUGUUGUAGGCUUAAUUAUAAAAACAUCAUCCGAUCCAGCUGUUAUGGAAACGAAUAAAGUCUACUUGAACAAGCUCAAUAUGAUUUUGGUGGAGAUUUUGAAGCGUGAAUGGCCGAAAAAUUGGGAAACAUUCAUCGGUGACAUUGUUGGUGCAUCGAAAACAAAUGAAAGUUUGUGUCAAAACAAUAUGGUCAUUUUAAAAUUGCUGAGCGAAGAAGUGUUCGAUUUCAGUUCGGGACAAAUAACACAAACAAAAGCCAAACAUCUGAAAGAUACAAUGUGCUCAGAAUUUUCACAAAUAUUCCAAUUGUGCUCAUUCGUGCUGGAGGGUUCAAUGAAUGCACCACUAAUUGCCGUCACAUUGGAAACAUUGUUGCGAUUUUUGAAUUGGAUUCCGCUUGGUUACAUUUUCGAAACGACGCUCGUCGAGACGUUGAUAUUCAAAUUUCUAAACGUACCAAUGUUCCGGAAUGUGUCAUUGUUAUGCCUGUCUGAAAUUGCUGGUCUUACUGUGCCGAACUACAAUAACAUAUUCACCGAUAUGUUCAAAAAGACGAUGUCACAAUUCGAGCAAAUGAUUCAUCCGGGAACGAAUAUGAAUCAAGUGUACGCCACUGGUUCGGAUGCGGAGCAAAAUUUUAUCCAAAAUUUGGCCGUAUUUCUGAGCACAUUUUUAAAGGAGCACGGUGCAUUGGUUGAAGGUGCCGAAACGGCUGAAGCAUUGAAAAAAGCACUCAUGUAUUUGGUCAUGAUUUCCGAGGUGGAAGAUGUGGAAAUUUUCAAAAUUUGCCUGGAAUAUUGGAACAGUUUGGCUAGUGACUUAUACCAAGAUUCCGUUGCAUUGGCGCCCAGUGGUGGCAUUUCACUCUGGAGCGGCGCAUCGAAUAGCCGACGACAAUUCUAUUCCGAUAUUUUAUCGAAAGUUCGAUAUAUUAUGAUCUCUCGCAUGGCAAAACCGGAAGAAGUGUUGGUCGUCGAAAAUGAAAAUGGUGAAGUUGUUCGCGAAUUUAUGAAAGAUACGAAUGCCAUCAAUUUGUACAAAAAUAUGCGCGAAACAUUGGUCUAUUUAACACAUUUAGAUUAUGCAGACACCGAACACAUAAUGACCGAAAAAUUGAACAAUCAAGUGAAUGGCACCGAAUUCUCAUGGAAAAAUCUCAAUACGCUGUGUUGGGCGAUCGGUUCAAUUUCGGGUGCAUUCUUGGAAGAGGAUGAAAAACGCUUUUUGGUCACGGUUAUCAAAGAUUUGCUCGGUUUGUGCGAACAAAAGAAAGGCAAAGAUAAUAAAGCGAUUGUUGCAUCGAAUAUUAUGUAUGUGGUCGGACAGUAUCCACGAUUUUUGCGCGCUCAUUGGAAAUUCUUGAAAACCGUCGUUAAUAAAUUGUUUGAAUUUAUGCACGAAACACACGAUGGUGUACAAGAUAUGGCAUGCGAUACAUUCAUUAAAAUUGCACAAAAAUGUCGACGACAUUUUGUCACCAUGCAACCAAACGAAGCGUGCACAUUCAUCGAUGAAAUUCUGGCGUCCAUGAGCUCAAUCAUUUGUGAUUUGCAACCACAACAGGUGCACACAUUCUAUGAAGCCGUUGGAUGUAUGAUAUCAGCUCAAGUGGAUCAAGCGGCCAAAGAUGCAUUGAUCGAAAAGUAUAUGGCGUUGCCGAAUCAAGUGUGGGACGAAAUCAUAUCGCAAGCAUCGAAGAAUGUAGAUUACCUGAAAAAUAUGGCAGCCGUCAAGCAAUUGGGAAGCAUUUUGCGAACAAAUGUUCGUGCAUGCAAGGCGCUCGGCCAUUCGUUUGUCCUGCAAUUGGGUCGCAUCUACUUGGAUAUGUUGAAUGUGUACAAAAUCAUGUCGGAGAACAUUAUUCAAGCGAUCACGGUGAAUGGUGUUGCCGUCAACAAUCAGCCACUGAUUAAGGCAAUGCAUGUGGUGAAAAAAGAAACACUUACAUUGAUUUCCGAAUGGGUGGUACGAUCAAAUGACAAUAAUGUUGUCAUUGAUAGUUUUAUACCGCCAUUGCUUGAUGCUGUUUUGCUUGAUUAUCAGCGAUGCAAGGUGCCCGAAGCACGUGAAGCUAAAGUACUGAGCACAAUGGCAGCCAUUGUUGGUAAACUAAAAGUCAGCAUCACAUCAGAAAUACCGCAAAUUUUCGACGCUGUAUUCGAAUGUACGCUUGACAUGAUUAAGAAAAAUUUCGAAGACUAUCCACAACAUCGGGUGGCAUUCUAUGAACUGUUACAACAAGUGAAUGCACAUUGUUUUGAUGCAUUUUUAAAUAUACCGCCAGCCCAAUUUAAAUUGGUAUUCGAUUCAAUUGUGUGGGCAUUCAAGCAUACGAUGCGCAAUGUUGCCGAUAUGGGAUUGCAAAUUUUAUAUGUCAUGCUCACAAACAUUGAACAGAGUUCACCGUCAGCAGCACAAGGCUUUUAUCAAACAUACUUCACGGAUAUUUUGACACAAAUAUUUUCGGUAGCUACAGAUACAUCGCAUACAGCUGGUUUGCAAUUGCAUGCUCAAAUUUUGGCUUACAUGUUUACAUUGGUCGAAACGGGUAAAAUUACCGUCAAUCUCGGCCCAAUUCCAGACAAUACAAUCUAUAUCCAAGAAUAUGUUGCAUCGCUGCUGAAAUCUGCAUUUAACCAUUUGACCGAUAACCAAAUUAAAGUGUUUGUAACCGGCCUCUUCAAUUUGGACCAAGAAGUGUCCGCAUUCAAAGAACAUUUACGAGAUUUCCUCAUUCAAAUUCGAGAAAUAACUGGCGAUGAUGAUUCCGAUUUGUAUUUGGCUGAACGUGAAGAGGAAUUGAAAAAUGCACAAAAUACAAAGAGGCUACAACAGAUGUCGGUGCCUGGUAUCCUUGGUCCUCAUGAACAACCCGAAUCAAUGCAAGACGAAUUAGAUUUAAGUUAAAUUUAGUUUACUCAAGUGCAGCCGCAACAAUAAUAACAAAAAAAAACAGCAACAACAAAAAAAUUUACAAAAUGAAUA